AUGAGCAGUUGGGUGGUCCCAGUGCUCCCACCUCCUGUCCCGCUCACAACCGCUUCUAUCACGCAUUGGCCGAGGGAACCAUCAACUUAUGUCACUCCCGCUCCUGCUCCUGCUCCUGCUCCUGCACCAGUUCCUGUUCCUGCAGUUGUGUCCUUGCCAGUAGCAAAUGUUGGGACUGUUGACUCCUCAACUGGAGAAGAACGAGUGGUUAAAGUUACGGAAGAGGUAGAUGUUUCGCAAAACUGCUCUAGUGUACCAUUAGUCUACCCUCCUUUUCCCACGCAACAACAAAAACAACGUGUAGUUCCUUUUGGAAGUGUUGGAAUUCCCAUUGCUUUUGCUGCUCCAGAUCGCGUUUCUCUUGGAGCUAUUACUUUUACAAUGCCUCGGCAGCUUCCUCCCCCAUAUAUCGUGUUUGGUGGAGCGCGAUACGAUCAUGUGCCUCCACCGAGAAAAACUAGGAAGGUUGCUGACUCGAAUGGAACAUGUGAACGUACAGAUGUGGUGAGAAGAACCAAUUUGGAACAUAUCUCUGAGCAACUUAAGCUUGCUAGUACGUAUCUGCACUUGAAUCCAUCUAGGCAGCCCCUUCAGAGUUCCUCUCAAGAAGAAGAAUUGCGGAAUGACGUUGAUGUGAAAACACUAGUAACACCUUCCUACUCCGAAGAAGGAGUCUUUUCAUCAAAAAAUAUUUGGACUGUAGCCUACUCAAAAUCUGUGAAGGUCCUUCAUGACUUUAUUAAAGAUCUCGAUAGAGACGCCAUUAACGCUAAAGGGUAUGUAUUGUACAAUCGUCGACAUUAUGGUAUUAAGAAAUGUGGUGAAAAGUUUGUUUUGGGCCUUGGUCAAAAGGCUACACCACUUCAGUUUGCAGCUGUCGCAGGUCACUUGGAUAGUGUCGUUCUUCUUCUUCAUUGCGGUUCUCAGGAUGAUUCUGCCCCGCACUUAAUAGAGAUUCUCGGCGAUGAUGUGAUGAAGGUCAUAAAAAGUUUACGUCCAGGGAACCGCAUGAAGCGAGAAACCCAUCGCAGUCGUUCUCAGGUGGAACAUACUGCAAAAACUGCUACCCUGAUACAGCUGAAGGCAGAGGAAAUCGUUCCACCUACUAUUGUGUGA